GCCAAGCGAACAACUCUACUCUACACGUAUCUGUACUGGAUUCAUACAAUUAGAUAUUAUUAUAGCAGAAAAGGAAGAACAAAUAUAUCAACAAAUCUACCAAAAUGACUUGUAAUAUUCAUACGAACUCGAUUGUUAAACCAAAUUUAUGUUCGGGAAUGUCAAUCAAUGGAUCCCUAUCCCUAAUCUCAUCAAAGCGGCGUCGAUCAGAUUCAUGUUCAAUCACAGUUAGAGCUGCAUUAGUGAAAGAAAAGCCAGCGAUUUGUACAGCAAAUCAACUUCAUUAUGUUCAAAUUCCUAAUACUGAUUGGAAACUUGCUCUUUGGCGUUACCUUCCUUCUUCUAAUUAUGUCGUUGAUGAAUCAAGAAAUCAUCCAUUGUUGUUGCUGUCUGGUGUAGGAACUAAUGCUAUUGGAUAUGAUCUCUCUCCUCAAGUAUCAUUUGCACGUCACAUGUCUGGCCAAGGUUUUGACACAUGGAUUCUUGAAGUGCAGGGUGCUGGAUUUAGCAUGAAAGAACUAGAAUCCUUUCCAAGGUUCUCUAAGUCCAGCCUUGGUCAAUCCGAAGUUAAGGAUUGGAGUCAAGGGGUUUCAGAUUACAUUGGAAAACUUCAGAAUACAAUACCACCCACAUUUCCUGAACUUGGUGAGAAAUAUAUGCCCAUGGUAGAGGAUUUCCAAAAACAACUAGACCUGUUUCUGAAUAGUGAUUGGGAUUUCGAUCAGUUGUUAAAGGAAGAUUCCCUCUACGUGAAACUGGGGAUUGGUUGCAUUGUGAACUACAUUAGAGAACAAAGCAACCCUGAUGAUGAAAAAUUGUUUGCCAUUGGGCACUCGAUGGGUGGUAUUUUGCUGUAUGCUAUGCUUUCGUUUUGUGGGUUCAAAGGAAGAGACUCUCCUUUUUCUGCAGUUGUUACUAUAGCAUCAUCACUUGAUUACUCAUCUUCAAAAUCUUCUCUUAAAUUGUUGUUGCCCUUGGCGGACCCUGCGGAGGCUAUAAAUAUCCCAGCAAUUCCUAUAGGUGCACUCCUUGCAACCAUGCAUCCUCUUGCUUCUCGUCCUCUGUUUCUGCUGUCAUGGUUGAAUUCUCAAAUAUCUGCACAGGACAUGAUGCUCCCUGAAAUGUUUGACAAGCUUGUCCUCAAGAAUUUUUGUACAAUACCUGCAAAGCUCCUCUUGCAACUAACAACUGCCUUUGAGAGCAGCGGUUUGUCUGAUCGAACUGGAACUUUCUUUUACAAGGAUCAUCUUCACAUGAGCAAUGUCCCUAUUUUGGCGCUUGCUGGCGAUCAAGACUUAAUUUGUCCUCCUGAAGCUGUAUAUGAAACUGUGAAGUUGAUCCCGGAGCAUCUGAUUACGUAUAAAGUUUUUGGAGAACCUGGCGGUCCGCAUUAUGCACACUAUGAUUUAGUUGGAGGCCGUUUUGCCCCAAAGAAGGUGUAUCCAUGUAUUAUUGAUUUUCUCGGUGCUCAUGACGAACUUGAUACAUCUUUAGCCGCUCAAGCGCUGGUCGAUUGUUCGUCUUCUGCUUCAUGCAGUUAAUAAGAAAUAAUAAAUACCAAGAAGAACUACAAAUAAGUUGGAAAAUCCUUUUACUUGUAUGAUAAAAUGUGAGAUGGAAGUAAAAAGUUUAUGUAUAUAACACCCUUCUGGCCUGGCCAACUAUGUAUAUACAACAAUAAUGCCAAAGUUGUUUCAAAUCAUAUGCGUCAAAAGGGGUCGUAGAAAUGCAUGAUUAUACGAUUUAAAUCCUCAUUUUGAUAGCUUUGGUUCUAAGAAUAAGAAUUUGCUCUUUACUCCCAAAUUAGAAGUACAUUGUUCAAAAACAAUUAAACAUCUUAGAUCUUAUACUCUAUCCCAAAUGCAAUAACCGAUUUUGUUGUACCAAUAAGACAUGAAAGGUGAUCUCAACCUUUUUUAUUUUGUAUUUAAGAAAGGCCUUAAAUUAAUGAAAGGUGAUCUAAGUUCCAAGAGGUACAAUAUAUUUAUUAUAC